GUCAUGUUUUGACGAAGCACACCGGAGAUGUCAACGUUUUUUGCACAUUUUUAUUUCAACUCUCAGUGUUAGCGGGUGAAAAUAUGUUGUUAUCGUGGUUCUGAGGCUGAUGCGGUUCUCCGCAGCGGGUUUAGAGUCCGAUGCUGUUUAAUUAGAUUAAAUUAAACUUUUUUUUGUCUUUUUUUUUUAGCGAGUUAAAGUGAAGCUGCGCCUCGGAUCAGCGGGGAAACUGUUGAUUUAGAGGAUUUUUUCUGCACCAGGAUGUUGUGUUAGCUGCUCCUCCCUGCGGACAUGGAGGUUCGGCUGAGGGUGGCCCAGAGCCUCAGGACUCUGUCCUCCUCCGCGGACCACGCAGACAAGAUCGAGGCGCUGAAGACGCUGAACUCGUUUCUAGACGAUGCGGCUGAAAGCGGCGCCACCUCCGCCGCUGAGCGGGAGGAGUUCCGGAGAGCCCACUACAGCCGAACCCUGCGGGUCGGUGUCGGCCUCCUGCAGGUUGACUGGAUGUCAGCCGCCCAGCGCUCCCAGCUGGUGGAGCCGCUGUUCCUGAAGGGCCCGCCGGAUCAGGCGCUGCUGGCGCUGAUGGAGGCGGUGAGCCAGCUCAGCCCCAGCGCCGGUCUGGACCGCCUCGUCAGCGUCACGGAGAGCUUCCUUCAGAGCGGCCGUCUGGCGGACCUGCUGUGGUCCUCCUGUCUUCAGUCGGGCCUCCCAGGCUCGCCUCAGCUGGACGAAGCCCUGCUGGCCCGGCUGACCGCGCUGCCGGACAUCACCGCCAACAAGCUGCGCCUCGGCAACAGGCCGCUGUUUGCUCCUCAGAGCUACUACCCUCUUCUGGCCUCGGAGAUGCUCGCUGCCCUGGAGAGAACCUGCCAGGCGCUCAGAGACGGCACGGACUGCUCUGUGGCGUUCGUGGCUCAGACACUCGGGAAGGUGUGCAUCCAGGGCCACAGCGGGCCCGUCCUGGCGGUGAUGGCCCCCCGGCUGGCGGUCUGCACGCGCUCAGACGCGCUGUGGCAGCGGGUGUGCUGGAAGCUGCUGCAGAACGUCCCCGAGCGCUGGCUGGAGGGCGUGCUGACGGGGCUGGUCCAGGCCGUGAAGAGCCCUGAAGCCUUCAGCCGCAUCGUGGGAAACCUGGCGCUCACCAAUAAAAAGGCCCAGUUCGUGCUGACCCACAAAGUGCUGCUGCUGCAGUACAGCUAUGAGACUCAGGUCCUGAGGACGGUUCUCGGUCACCUCGCCUCAGACGGGGAACGAAGGCCGCUCCUCAUCCAGGUGCUGCGGUCCGUGUCGCAGGCCUGGGCCAACCCCAGCGCAGUGAGACACACGCCUCUGGAGCAGCAGCUCUACGUCAGCAAGGCCUUACUGCUCACCGUGAGUCUGCUGCAGGACUCCGAGCUGCAGGAGCUCCGCUCAGAUCUUCUUCAGUGCAUGCUCGACGGCGUGCAGAGCCACCUGGACAGCAGCGUGGUGCGUGUGAGAACCAUGGGCAUGGUGGUGGGCGAGUGCCUGAGCUCCCGGAUGGACAUCAACGGCACCAAGCUCAGAUUUGAGUACGAGAAGGAUGAAGAAACCCGUGAGCUGCUGUCUCUGAUGACCCCCAGCUUGAGUAGUGAGCCUGAGCCUGAUGAUGGAGCUGACUUUGCUGAGGAGUCCAGAGAGCCAUCUGCUUCCAGGACAACGACCCACAGCAACCCGUCAAAUAGCGACCCAGACCCAGACCUGGACAGCGAUGACGACCUGACUCCGUAUGACAUGUCCGGAGACCAGGAGACGGGUCAGGCGUCGCCGCCUCGUUACCUGCGGGACUGUCUGGAAACGCUGAUGUCCUCUGAGGACUCGGUGCGAGUGGAGCUCAGUUUGAGGGUCGCAGAGAGUUUGGUGCGGAGGAACGUCUUUGCAGCGAAGGAGAUCAGUGUCCAGAUGACCAAAGUGCUUUUGCACAUGGAGGAUAAAUACAGCAUCAACGGCUUCCUGGCGCUCCGACAGGCGGCCAUGGUGGCGCUCGCCGUCACCGACUCUGUUCCUGUUACCCAGUACCUGACUGCAGAGUUUUACUCCCUGAACUACAGCCUGCGGCAGCGUCUGGACAUCCUGGAGGUCCUGGCCUUGGCGGCUCAGGAGCUCUCCACGCCGUUCGCUGAUAAAACAUCUCCAUCCUCAGAGCUGACGUCCUACCCGGCCAGCGACCCCGCUCACUGGAGGCAGGUGGUGGAAAAGAGGAUCCAAAGCAAGACAAGACGCAUCUCCAAGGGCUCCACACACCGCGGCACCAAGGCCGCUCCAAACCGUUACGCUCCGGUUGCCGGAUACUUCUUCUUUCCUCUCCUCAGAAAUUACGACAAGCCUGAGGUGACCUUUGACCUGCUGGGCAGUGACCACCUGGUUCUGGGCAGGUUGAUCCACACGCUGGGCCUCUUCAUGCACCUGGCUGUCAAUGCACCGAUCGCCGCGCAGAUGGGCGCCGCUUUGUUGGACUUUGUGUGGGCGGUUCGGUACCACGCUGACCAGAUGGUGAGGCGAGGAGUCCUCUUCGCCGUCUGCGCCGUGUUUCUGAGCAUGCCCAGUCAGAGUCUGCUGGUGGACCUCGGCGAACAGCUGUUUGAAACCAGAACCUGGCUGUCAGAUGUGGCCGAAGGAGACCCCGACGUGGACUGCCGCGCUCUGGCCGUGCAGAGCCUGGUGCUGCUGGACAACAGCCUGAAGAAGCAGCUGCAGGAUCCCAGAGCCCUGAGCCUGGAGUCCUGAUCGCCACGUCUGCAGUGAUCGAUUACAUGCCUCUGCACGGGAAAACGCACGCACAGAGAGCUAAGUAGAGCCGCUGGAUCCCAGAUGUCUGCUGGAACAAACGACCGCCGGAAGUAAAUGAUCCGGAGCAUCCGUGGAAGGAUGUCCUUUGAGCUCCAGAUCGCAGGUGUUCUGCUUUUCUUCUCAUCCUGGACCGGUCGGCUCGCCACCGGAAAAUAAAGCCCCGCUAGUGACCGGCGCUGUGCACAAAGACCUGUGCGCCUCAUAAAAAGGAUGUUUUCUGUUGGCCUAUAACUCAGUUCCUAAAAAAAAACGUGCUGUAGCAAUCUGUACUUUGCUUUCUUUUCUGGUCCUAAAUGUUGUUAUUAAAUCAAAACUUACUUUUGA